AUUAAUUGUUUUACUGCCAACAAACAUUCUACUUAGGAUUUUUACAUCGAAGGUUGUAGACAAUUUCGAUUCACUAGAAACAAACUGUUAUCAGUUUUGUUGAACUAGUUGUACAGAGCGCGGAACUUAAGUUGGGCGGGUUCUUGUGUCUGUCGAUGGCUUAUUCACCAGGUGACAAGAUAUUUGCGAAAGUCAAGGGCCAUCCUCACUGGCCAUCUAGAAUUAACCUAUUGCCUGAAGAUGUGCAGAUUCCGAAGGGGAAAUACCCAAUUUUUUUCUACGGCACCCAUGAAGUUUACUUUCUUGCCCCUAAAGACAUAUUUCCGUAUGAAAAGUUCAAACACAAGUAUGCGGUUCCUCGAAACAAGGCCGUUUUCCGUGAGGGUUUAAGAGAAAUUGAGGAAGACCCUGAUGUGUUACUUUAUAAAAAGGAUCCUGCAGCUGAAGCAUUCCUGUCUCGAUUUUACUCAUUUAAACGUGAAUGUGAAAAUACAAGUCAAGUUUCUUUGCAAACCCCUGUUGUAGCGGAAAAGCCAAAUAAAAAGCGAUCGAACCCAACUUCAGCUGAAACGGAACAUAGUAGACCUGCUAAAAGACGUCACACAGAACCCCUCAAAGAGACAGCACCUGUCAACAAUCGUUCCCGCAGCUCCCUGACAAAUAAAAGUAGUCUGAGAAAAAGUGGAAGACUAUCGUCUUCUGCAUCAGUUGAUGAUGUAAAAUCACCUGCCCAAUCAGUAGCUAGGCAACCCGAGGAACAGGCUCCACGUGUUUCGUCUCUUCGUCUUCGUAUCAGAAAGAAUUCUACGGGUUUAAGAUUCUCUCCAGAUUAUAUCUCCCAUUCUUCACCAUCUACUCCUGGUUCAGCUGUCACGCUAGAAGCACGUAAUGUUGAGCCAGAACAACCACAGUCACCUUGUAGUGAUGGACUAAAGAUUAUUAUACGUCAGAAUACAGCUUUAUCUCCAUUUGUUUCAAUUGAGGAAAAGACAAAAGCAAGACCGAUUGUUUCGGUAACACCAACACCUAAUACAACUUCUGUGAGUAGCGUAAAUCAAGCUAAGGUCAACCGUCCACGUUCAACUGCUGUGGUUACGCCUCUUCUUCGAAAUAUUCUACCAGAACUAAGUGAUGAUUCAUCUGAUUCUGGCGUUUCUAAAACUGUUGAAAAUUCAAAGACAUAUAGUACUGGGAAAAAAGGCAAACAACAAUCAGCUAUUGAGGAUGAAUGUGCAAAAAACAGCCAAGAUUCUGAUCAUUCUAUACAGCCUCGUACUAGUAUUCGGUUAAGGAAAAAAUAUUUAAAACGACGUCGUGAUUCUUCUGAUUUAUCUGCCUUCUUUGAUGGAGAUGACUCACCUAAAGCAAGCCCUACCACAAGUCCUAGAUUAUCAUCCAAAAACUGGCAGAAGAAUACAGUGGUGGGGUUGAACUCAAAAUCUGCUGAUGUUACAACCUCUUCAAUUCGUGGUUCGAACUCUGUCGACGAUACGAAGCAUAGCGUUAUGAGUACUCCACGGAAUAUUCUAUGCGGAUCCAAUGAUGAAGAUAUUAAAGAUAAAGAACAACAAUUAAAAGAUCUAGAUACUGAGGAGCGCCUACUUUUAAUUGAUCGUUCUAUCAAAUCUAGUUUAGUUCAAGGUCAUGAAGAUAUUGCCACAUGUGUUGAUCGAUUGGAAUUUCUUGAUAAAAUGGCUGUAUCCUUACCAAUCAUGGCAAGAUGUUGGACAGUUGUGGAGACAAUACGAAAAUGUCGUCGAUAUAAACGUUCUUUGGAAGUAAAAAUUGCUGCCCAGAAAGUUUUUAAUAAAUUCCUUCAACUCUAUGCAACUGCCGAUAAACAUGAGUUGGAUUUAGCUCAUGCUGAAUUGGUUAAACAUCAACAGCAUCAUGUAAAAAAGCAUUCUGCUGGAUUAAAUAAAUAUGAUGCAUCAGACGACACUGAAUCCACUUCUAUGGCUUCGGUUCCUCCUUAUACUGGACCUAAGACAAUGGCUGAUUUAUUUCAGUUAACAAGUCGUCCUACAAAGGAUAUUGUACAUGAUAAUAACAAUAAUAAUAAUAUUAAUACUAGUAGCAGUAAAAUAAUUCAUAGUGAAACAGUAAAAAGUAAUUCAGAAACUUUACAAUCUCCGUCUUCAGUGGAUGCAACACCGAAUUCAUCUCAGGCUAAUGAAAGAUACGAUGUAAGUAUGACUGUCACAUCGUCGUCAUCUUCAUCGUCUGUCCCCAUAAAUCGUGAUUCUGAAACUGUUGUUGUCUCAACGAUGUAUAAAUCACAGUCGCCAUUAAUUCCUUCAUCUGAUGAAGUAAAUAACCAACCAGAUGUAUGCAUACGAGAUAUUCCUCUUCCUGAAGACGCACCUAUUAGUUCAACUCAUUCUCAACAAUCCACCAAGUCUCCUACUGAUGAUGCAGCUAAUGAUGCUAUUGAUUCACCGACCAUCGAUGAUAUGAAUGAUCUUGAUGUCUUAGAUGAAUAUGAAGAGCAAAAAGGAUCAAGUGUUCGCAUCCAAAAAGUUGAUGGUACAUCUCCCAGCCGUCAUACUUCCUCUGAAUCUGAUAACUUCUUAAAGGCCAAUAAUAUAUCUCAGCUAAUACCUAGUCGACCCAACUUAUUUACGAUGGGAACGCCGAUUCCUGAUUGCGGUCAACCGACAGCAUAUUCAGGUGUACAUCCUCCUCCCCCUCGUCCUCUGAUCACCAACAAUCCUCAGUAUCCCUAUCCUGUGUUCCAGGGUGUGAAAAUGCAAAAUACACAAGGCAGUCAUACUAAUUUACUACCCAAGUUUAUUUCAUCGUUUAAUCCAUAUCUCCGUACAAAUCUAGAGGCGACGCCACCCCAAUGUUCUUCGCGUGCAUAUAUACCACAUUCGCUUCAUCCUUCUGAAGAUUCACCCCCACUCUAUAAACCCUACGUUCCAACUCGUUGUGAUCCUGAUAUGAUUUUGAAGGCAGCAACAGAUAUUCCUCAUAUUCGUCAUGUUACAAAUAAUGGAAUUGUUCCAGAGAAUUCAUCAUAUAAUAGACAUUUGCAUUCUGUUUUAGAUUGUCGAAAUAUUCCUGAUAUGUUGAAUAAUAUUUCACGAGAAACACGAACACCACCCCACGGAGGUCGUAGUCCUCAUGCUCUUCCUCAUCCUCUGGAACACUAUCAACGAUAUCUUAACUCCGCUCUUACCACAGAAGAUGAGGCAAAUAAAGGCGAUGCUUCUCAGCAGUCAAGCAACAAUCAACUCUCUUCUGAGAAUGUUGACACAAAAUCAGACAAGGUAAAUAUCCAGUCUUCUUCUUCUGUCAACGAUAAUUCUGGUGAAGAAAUACCUUUUGUUCCUUCAUCCACUGAAGAUCUUGAUACGCGUAUUGCACGCAUAUAUGACUUAGCAAUGCGAUCUAAGUCAAAGAGCCAAGAAGCAUUCUGUAAUAAUCAAGCUGAUGCACAAAAAUCCACACCUAAUCCUGUUAUUUCUCCACCUCCUCCUCCACCACCCCUUCCUACAUCUCAACGUAUACUAUUCACUCACAGAUCACAACAUCCUCAUCCUAAUAUGCCAAGUUUAUUAACUUCUCUAUCUGCACAAUAUAAGCUAGGGAUGUCGUCUCGAAGCCACCAUCCUGAUAAUAGGAACUUGGAAUAUAGGCCAAGACAUCUAGGAUCACCUAGUCGUAUUAUUCAAGAUAACUUUGGUCUCCCACAUUUCGCAACAAGCUCCCCUCGUCAUCGGCCUAACUCUGAUCCCAUUGCUAUUGGCAACAAUAUUCUCCCCGAGAUUCCGUAUAAGGAUCCUUCUCAUCAGCAAAUAAAAAUGUCAUCUUUGCCUGACCCUGGUAUUCGCUACCCAGGCAACACUACAGAAUUUAUGCACCCUUCAAUGAACUCCUUUCCUAGACGACCAUUUGUCAGUCAUCAACAUCCUUUAGAUCCUAGACGUCAUAGUUCAAUACCCCCAACUCAUCCAAAAUUCCCUCAUCCGAAUUCAAAUCGUGGAAAUACAAAUGAACGUCCAUAUUCUGGUCGACGUCGUUCUGGCAGAGACGAUGACCGAGAUAUUUAUUCAAUGCUCGGUGUUUGAAUAACACAAAAAUUUAACAGUAAUUCAUUGUGUUUUUUAAUUUCCUGUUUCAACACACUAUACAUAUUUUCUGCCUAUUUACGGAGAAUUACUUCAUUCAGUAAGAAGCUCAUCGAACUAGAUUUUCCUUCUUGUACUCAAUUUUUUUCUGAAAUUUGACAUACUACUGUUCCUUAUUAUACGAUAGUAUACUUUACGCUACUUAUUCUCUUUCUUUUCUAUCCCAAUAUAAAAUCGUGUAAAUAUUCCACACUUCUAACAUAUUAGUGAGUCAAUUAUAAAAGAAAGUAUUAUUUAUAUAAGCUUUGAUUUUUUUCUUCUAGUCUCUCAGUAACUUUGCGAAUGUCUGCCUGUUAAUAUAUGUGUAAAAUUUGGGCAUUGUGGUAGUAAGUAAU